AUGAGUGAGCUGGCUAGUCGUUCGCUGUCCUUAGCGGUUGUCACAGCGAGCGAGCGCGACUUACGACGGGCGACACAGAGACAAGAAGAUCUCGCACACGUAGAGAGAAAAAGUGGAGGAAGAGAGAGAGAGAGAGAGAGAGAGGCCUUCACUAGACGUGAAAGGAAAAAAUUAUUUGAAUAAAUUUCGAAUAAUACACUAGACCGGCGUACAAUCUCUUCUGCUACCAGCUGGACUUUUUUGAUGGGCGCUUCUCAAGAGAUUCGCUAGUAGCUGCUGCUACUGCUACUGCUGCUACUAACUACAACUAACUCGGAAGUGCUUUUUGGUGAUUUGGAGGGCACGAGAGAGCGAGAGCGAGAGAUUGAGAGAGAGAGAGAGAGAAAGUGGGUGCGUGAGAGUGACUCCUUCCGCGUUUGUUCUGUGCAGUGACUGUGUGCUUGGAUUCGAACGACACGAAAAGCCCACGGACGGUGCCCUUUGUGAAAACUCCUGACGGCGGCGCCCUUUGUGACCUGACCUCCUCCUCCUCCUCCUCAACUGUCCACCAUGAUGGAACGUUCCCUCAAGUCCAUCAGCCCUUCGCCCACUCACCAGCGGCAUUCCCCUUCCCUCCAUCAGGAGCAACAACAGAGGGGCGCGAGCAGCCCACAGCCGCCGCCGCCGCCCCUGUCCGCCGCCCUCUCUCAUGCCGACACUCAGCUCUCGUCGUCGGGAACGCCCGGCGGUGGAACCCCUUGUCGGACCACGCGCCUCUACACGAUCGAGGACAUACUCGGAAGGCCGCCUCAGACGCAGGAUCAUGGCCCGCCGGUGCCUCCUCAAGACACGCAGCCCUCCGAGUGUGGCGUGAGCGUCGGAAGUCCUGAGGUGUCCCCGAGAUGCGAAGGAGACGCGGCCACGUCCCCAGAAUGUCCCGACCAGCAUCCUUCAGAUCCUUUCGACCCGGAUAAACCCAGAAAGCUGACGUGUGUUGGUGGUGCUCGUCCGCAGGUCCGCAGAUCGCGCACCACCUUCACCACCUACCAGCUGCACCAGCUGGAGAGGGCAUUCGAGAAGACCCAGUACCCAGACGUCUUCACCAGGGAGGAGCUGGCAAUGAGACUCGACCUCUCCGAAGCACGGGUUCAGGUGUGGUUCCAGAACCGGCGGGCAAAAUGGCGAAAGCGCGAGAAGGCCCUCGGACGGGAAAGCCCUUCCUUCCUCGGGGUGGAUCACCCCUUGGGAGGAAUGCCCGAGCUCCCUCUCCCGUUGGCGCCUCCGCCCCACUCCGUAGCGGCCGCUGCCUCCGCCGCCGACCUCCUCCACCUCCACGCCCUUCACGCCCUCCAUCUGCACCCAUUCCUCCACCCGUCGCACCCGCCCACUCUCCACCACAAGGCCGCGACAGGACCGCCCCCUCCGCCCCUUCACGCCCUUCUCCACCACUACAUGCUUCCCCCCGGACUCCCGCUCCUCCACCCGGCGACCAGCGCCGCCGCCGCCGCCGCCCAGGGUAUUCCAGUCCCUCUGCUGGGCACCUCCACGGCCGCCUCCAACAGCCCCGAAGCCUCUCCCGCCCACUCGCCACCCAUCACCACCCACGCAAGCGGCACUUCCACGACAUCCACGGGCGCCCCAGCUUCGCCGUCCACCGCCCCGCCCACGGCUCUGCCCCUCGACUGCCGCGGGGCGUCCGUCGAUCUCCUGCGCCUGAAGGCCCGCCAACACCAGGCCCUUCUGGAACGCCUCUCGCCGCCCACCUCGGGCGUCCACGCCUCCUCUUGAACUCCCGAGGGCGUCGCCUCCAAUUGGCUACGGGAGGCUCGGACCGACGGCAAUCCGGAGAGACUGGAAGAAGGGGAAGCCCCCGGGACAGACACUGGAAAAGCCUGCUUCCAGGGAUUCCAGAAACACAGGUACG